AUGGCCAAACGGUCGUUGUUAGCCGCCAUUGCUGACGAGGAUUCCAUCACCGGCUUAUUGUUGGCUGGCGUUGGCCAGGUCUCCAACGAGCCUGGAAAGGAAACCAACUUCUUGACGGUUGUUCCUGGAAAGACCACGGUCGAACAGAUCGAAGAGGCUUUUGAGAAGUUCACUUCGGAAAGAGACGAUAUUGCGAUUUUGUUGAUCAACCAACACUUGGCUGAUUUGAUAAGAUACAAGGUUGACAAUUACACCAAGGCGUUUCCUGCCAUCUUGGAAAUCCCAUCGAAAGACCAUCCUUACGACCCUGAAAAGGACUCGAUUUUGAAGAAGGUUAGAAGACUUUUUGGAGAAUAAGCAACUGGAUAGAUAUUCAAUUCCGCAUGCUGUUA